ACGAUCUCUCGCUCUCAAAUCCCUCUGUCAUUGAGCACAACAAAAUGCAUUCAGUCCCUGUUGCUUCCCGCACAUGCCCAACAACCUCGUAACAACACUCCUCACCCUAUUGCGGUAAAUAUUGGCUCCUGCCUUUUUUUUUUUUUCUACUGAAAUAUUAAAACAGUCGGAGAUGCAUGCUCCAGUGUGAGUGGUGGCUGCAGCCCAGGUAGGCGGUGUAGCUGCUCUCCUCUGAUGACAUGUGGAUGAUUAAUCGUGCCAUGCUGUGCGUGCACUUGAGCAGAAACCUGAGGGUCUCACAGGCUACCGGGACCGGGAGAGGACUGCAGGGUGACCAGUAAACACAUUCAGGUCUGAGCCGGAAAGCAGCGAGCUGCGGAGCGAGACAGAGGACAGGCGGAGAAACUUAAGGCGCUGUCCAUGGUGCUGAAUCGCUGCCCGGCGGCGUCCCCUCAGUCUGUGGGGGGACAGACGACCCCGUGAGCGUCAUCUUUUUUUUUCCACCGAACCUGGUCAUACCUGGGCUCACCGACGAUCCACGGUCCAUGAGGAUGAUGGAAGUCUACCAGAUGUGGUCGGACAUCUCUCAGUCUGCGUGAGGACAUGGAUGAAGGACUUGUGGAUUUAAACCUUAAAUGAAGAAUCCGUCUGGGCUUGACAAAAUGUUUGUGAAGACACCAUUUGUACCACACUUUCGCCGGUCAUCUGUGUAUUGAACUGACUAGCUCGGGCCCCGAUUCAGCCAGUGACCGUUCAGUCAUCCAUCAAAGGAAUUUCCAACAUGAUAUAAAAAUGAACUACAGUCAUUUAAUUGUCCUUCAAGCAUAGGAGACCUGCGUUUUUAACCCAAGAAGAGCAACGAUAUCCACCGAGACAUGGCUCGCCUGCUUGUUUUGGUCAACUCCGUGGUCCUGUUGCUUUUUGGCAGCGACAUGUUCUUUGUAGGAGCGAACCGGCCACCAGCUCCUGUCAAUGUGUCUGUCAUGCACCUGCGGGCCGACUCGGCAACUGUAUCCUGGGAGGUUCCAGAGGGAGACAUAAUAAUUGGCUUCUCUAUCUCACAACAGAGGCAGGACGGACACAUGCAGCGAUUCAUUCGGGAGGUCAACACCACCAGCCGCUCUUGUGUUCUUUGGGACCUGGAGGAGGAGACAGACUACAUCAUCCAGGUUCAGUCGAUUGGCCUCUAUGGGGAAAGCCAAGCCAGCAAGAAGGUCCAUUUUCGCACCCUCAAGAAAUCGGACCGCUUCCCCUCCAACAGCUCCAACCAAGAUGACCCAACUGUGCAAGGCCUGGAUAAGUCACGGCAUCUACAAACAGGAGAGAUGAUCAUCAUUGUGGUGGUCUUGGUCAUGUGGGCUGCUGUUAUUGCCCUGUUCUGCCGGCAGUAUGACAUCAUCAAGGACAACGACUCCAGCAACAAUAAGGAGAAGGCCAAGCCGUCGUCUGAGAGGAGCACGCCAGAGCAUCACAGCGGAGGACUGCUGAGGAGCAAGUUUCAUCCCUCUGUGCCGUCUAUCAACAUCAUUGAAGUCUGAGACGAAGGAACGCCAGAUUAAAUUCCUCUCUCUUCUACCAUCAAUGCAUUUUCAACCUUUCUCACUGAUGCGUGAAAAAAAAAAAAAAAGCGAAAAACACAAAGUUUCUGUGACUCAUCAUUAGUGAAUAAGGUUGGCCAAGACUGUCUUACAAAAGAGACACGUGCAUGCACAAAGUAUUUGUAGGAAAACACAACACUGAACUACAGAUACACACUCUGAACCCCACCCAGCAAACCCUAUACAAACCUACACAACCCUGCACACAGACACACACCGUACAGUAGCUAGCAGAAACCUACAGUACAUGAAUGAAUGUUAACCCAUGGUGCAGUUAACAUUGAUGUCGUUGCCAGGUGCUUGGUAUGUUAUUGCAAUACAAAACACACAAUACAACUUAAUCAUCUCUGGGAGGCCUGUCUUCAUGGCUUUAAACACGCAGUGUAUUUUUGAUAUUGGCAUGUGCAAUGAGAUCCGUGUCACCACACACAACUCCACUCUAUAUAAAUCAUCAAUCAAAACAUCUUUCCAUUGCAUAUAGUAUUAAUAUACUGCCUGAUCACACAUGUAUAUUAUUGCCUCACUGCUGUGGCCAGAUUUUUAAUAACGAGAGAAAUUAAACACAUGCAUCAGAAACUCAUUUGUAAGAACUACAACCACUUCCUUUCUUUAGUUUUUCCUAUUAUUUAAAUUAAAAUAACAUUUUCUGGAUUACAUUGUAUUUUUUCAUAUUUCAUACAUAAACACGUGUACAUAUUUCAUUCAUUUAAUAAAUGAAGUUGCAUGCAGGUCAUUUGCCUGUAGAAUAGCAUUUGAUGUGCGAUCUAAGUUAGAUGCCAAAAAUGUACAAAUAAACAUCAUUGCUGUACUGUGAAGCUGUUAAUGUUUUCUUCUAUUUUACCUGCUUGUAGAGCAGAACACCGGUCUUUCAUUUUACAUCUUGUACAUUUCCUGACAAUUGUAUAACCUGAAGUGUAAAAUAAACCUUCUUUUAAAUGUCCCAUUA